CCAAUUUCCCGUAGACUUCAGCAGGGCGUCGCUCUUCUUCGAGAGUCCUGUCACAACACAGGAAGAGCCGGAGGUGGCUGUGCUCCUUUCAUUUUGUACCGAGCACUUCAAAACGGGAUUUUUAAUAAGUGGAUGAAUAAAACACCGGUGAAUAGAGUUAAUGAUCUUCUUGUCAGCUCCGACAGAGAGAGCCUCUGGGAGAAGAUCUGAGUGUGUAAGGCACCAUGUCUACUGGUUGCCCACCACAGUCUCCAGCUGUGGCUAAAACAGAGGUGGUGGUGGAAGGAUGGUGCCCACUUUUGGCAGCCACCUUUGCCUACUGGGACAACAUUUUGGGACCCCGUGUAUGGCAUAUCUGGGCCCCGAAAGGUCAGGGAUCGAUGUUACUCAGUGAUGGCGAGGUGACUUUUCUGGCAAAUCACACGCUGAAUGGUGAGAUUCUACGCAGUGCAGAGAGCGGCGCCGUGGACGUGAAGUUCUUCGUCUUGGCAGAGAAAGGCGUGAUCAUUGUGUCGCUGAUAUUUGAUGGCGAGUUGAGGGGUGACAAGAAUACCUGCGCGCUGUCCAUCAUUCUGCCACAAUCAGAACUGGAUUUCUAUCUUCCACUGCACAGUGUGUGUGUGGAAAGGCUCAAGCACACGGUUCGCAAGGGACGCAUAUAUAUGCAGAAGGGUUAUGGCAUUAUUGCUUUGUUAACCUCUGAGAUUGUUCCUAUCAUGGAGCUUCUCUCAUCCAUGAAGACUCAUAGUGUGCCAGAGGAAGUAGAUAUCAAAGACACAUUACUGAAUGAUGAUGAUAUAGGUGACAGCUGCCAUGAGGACUUUCUGCACAAAGCCAUAAGCUCUCAUCUACAGACUUGUGGCUGCUCCGUUGUUGUUGGCAGUAACCCAGAAAAAGUCAAUAAGAUUGUGCUGACGCUAUGUCUGUUCCUCACUCCCGCUGAGAGGAAGUGCUCACGACUGUGCCGAGCUGACGGCACUUUCAAAUACGACACUGGCCUAUUCGUUCAAGGCCUUCUCAAGGACUCCACAGGGAGUGUUGUGUUGCCUUACCGGCAAGUCCUCUCUUCUCCCUAUCCAUCUACUCACAUUGACGUGGACAUUAACACGGUGAAGCAGAUGCCUCCUUGCCACGAACACAUGUACCAUCAGCGUCGCUACAUGCAGGCCGAGCUCAGUGCCCUCUGGAAGACCAACAGCGAGGACGAAAUCAGCCCUGACCACCUCAUCAACAUACAAGAGUCAUUCACUCCAGACUUAAAUAUAUUUCAGGAUGUCAUGCACAAAGAUACACUGGUAAAGUCUUUCAUAGAUGAGGUAUUCCUCUUGAAACCUGGUCUAAACCUUCGGAGUGUGUACUUGUCACAUUUUCUCCUACUGCUGCACAGGAAGGCACUAACGCUGCUCAGAUAUAUCGAGGAUGAGACUCAGAAGGGGAAGAAGCCAUUCCGGUCACUACGUAAUCUGAAGACUGACCUGGACUUGACUGUAGAAGGAGACCUGAACAUCAUCAUGGCAAUGGCAGAGAAGCUGCGGCCGGGCCUUCACUCUUUUGUGUUCGGGAAGUCCUUCUUCACCAGUGUGCAGGAGCGUGAUAUUCUAAUGAACUUCUGACCUUUCACCAUGAAACACUUGAUAUAAUUAAGCCACAAGAUGACUUGUAUGUAUUCAUGAUCUAAAAGUAUGGUUCUGUAUAAAGUAUGUAUAUGUGCACUGACUCACUCUGGAGCUUGUUUGAACCUUUUAUCUGUAUACCAACAGGUGUAAUUGUAUUUGUGUGUGUGCUCUGAAAUUUUGUUUUGCCUUUAAUUACCGAGAAACUGUAUAUACAAGUGCCGUGCAAGGCAGGGUCUUCAUCCCGUCUGUCAUGAAUUUAUUUUAACUAUGAAAAUGGUGAUGCUGCUACCAAGUGCCUCUGAUGGCACAGCCUUGCUCUGAUGUUUCUUCUGCAGACAGUAAUGGUUCAUCAUGAAUAAAACACAUUUUGCAUACUAUAAGGGCCAAAUUCUUAUCAUGGAGACAUGAUAAUCAAGAGAUCAUGAAAAGAUGGUACAGCUUAUAUAUGAAAGAAUUUUACAGCAAGCAGACCUAAGAAAAGGUGUUGAUUUAUGUCACAGGGCUACUAUCUGUAAAUAAAUCUGAAUGUGAAUUCACUGACAUGUUUUACUGAAAUUAAACAGCUUUUGCCUUUUAUCUUUUGAACAUGUAUGGAAAACAACCAUAUGUGGGAUACUUUUUUUUUUAAAAUGGAAAUAAAGGCCUAGGUGUGUCCUCUA